CUCAGUCUCGCAUGGAAUGUUUAAGUCUGCCUCGGGCUGGCCCGUUGCCAGCAGCCGGGGAUGAGCAUAAGUCAACCCCCCCCCCCACGCGGGUCCCGCGGCCGUGCGAUGCGCGGGGGCGGGGCGAAGCUACGCGCCGCGCCUUGAGGGGAGGCCGCCGGCCCGAACGGGGGCUCGUUGGCCCGGCAACGCCAGGCGCGAGGCUCUUCGCAGCCACCUGUCGCCGCCCCGCGGAGCCAGCGAGUCGAUCGCUCCGGGCUCGGCUGGCCGUGCCUGCGGCGGCGGGCUGGAGAGCGGAGGGAUGGCGCGUCCCUGCCCCUGAGCGGAGGCAGGGCGGAGGAGACAGACAAAUAAGAUGAAGCCAAGAAAAUUACUGUUUUUAAUGAUUUCAGAAUAAGAAAAUAUCACUCAAAUGAAGCAAACCAUGCAGUCUACAUCUUUUUAAUCUCAUAAUGUCAGAAGCCACAUCUCCCGAAAAUAAAAGACCCCGGAGAAGCUUGUCCCUUAGUAAAAACAAAAAGAAUGAAAAUAAGAGAAAGAAUGAAGCAGCAAUUAAAGGUGCACUACCCAAAUCUUCAGCGUCUUCCUCUAUCCUUUCAUUUUUUAACAACCCUCCCCCUGCCAAAGUUACCUGCCCUUUGUGUGGGCACAUGGUGCCAAAGUAUGGGAUCAACAAGCACAUAGAUGAAAUAUGUCAGAAGAAUCAAGGAGAUGAUGAAAUGAUUCUAGUUGAUUCAGGACUUAAUUGUUUUAUGAGUGAGGGUCCAUCAGGUAUAAAUCUAAACACUAGUUCUAGCCCAUACUUUGCAAAGAAAACUUCAACUCCAGAGAAAAAUACCAGUGUCGUUGAAAGCAACUUGUUGAAAAUGAGAGCAGAUGCAGAACAGCAGACUAGUCCUUACUUUAAGAAGAAAAAUGCUCCAAUGUGCAAGGUUCAGAAUGAGCCAAGAGUGCAAAUGGUUAAAAGUAUCUCUUUGGGAAGCUUGUCAUCUAAACUGUCCAGAAGGCACCGUAUUCAGAGCAGACAAUUGACAGAACAAAACUAUGGGAAUUCUCAAGCUGUUCACAGUGUGUGUGACAAUGAUACAGAAAAAUGGGGCAAUGAAGAGAUAUGUGGUGGGGAUGGCUCUCAGAAAGAGAAUCAUUUUGUUCUGGUAGACAGCUUAACAAAAGAACUUGAAAGUCAGGGAGAAACACAAGAAUGUGAUAAAGAAACUCUUGUGGGGUCUGCUCAUGGAUUAGCAUCCUCAAGUAACAUUGCCAGAGAUCUAGUGUCUGCUACAGGGAACACUGAGAAACAUAGUUGUUCUGAAAGCAUGGUGCCUCUUCUUGGCGAACAUACAAUGCAUUCAGCAAGUUAUACUAAAGAAGAGAGAUUGGAUGGUUCAGAAGCCAAAACUCUGUUCUCUGUUGAUAUUUCUUCUCUACGGACACAAGUGACAUAUGAGAGCCAUACAGAAAACUGCCUAGUGAAGGGUAAUACAGGAACGCUUCCCAUGGAAGUUAGCGAAGACUUAAGAAAUGAAAUGAUUUGUCAUGCUUUUGCAGAACCUAUGCAAGAGGUGGAUUUUCAGAAUCCUGCCAGUGACAUUUUAGACAAAAUAAAUGGUACACUUGGUUCUACAUCUGAUUCUUUUGGUCACCCAUAUUAUCUCCAGAAUUUCCUGAUGGUCCUGCAAGCAGUCCUAGAGAAUCAUGAUGAUCUGAGACUCUUUGAUGAGCAAGAUUCCAGGACUAUUGCAAAGUUCUACCAAUUGUCAGCUAGUGGACAGAAGUUAUAUGUAAGACUUUUUCAACGCAAGCUGAAUUGGAUAAAAAUGAACAAAAUAGAAUAUGCAGAGAUCAGUGCAGAUUUGUCGCCAGUAAUUGGAGAACUGGUUGAAGCAGGCUUUCUUCAAACAGAAUCUGAAUUAGAAGACCUUUCCGAGGGGCUGGACUUGCUUUCUGUUCUUGAGCUAAAAAUAUUAGCAAAGACCUUUCACCUGAAAAAUCCAAAUGGUCAGAAACAACAGCUGGUGGAGGACUUCCUCAAGCUGGCAAAACAGCGUUCGAUCUUCAGCAGUAAUCAGGCUGGUAUUGGCGCAGUGAUUUUGAAAAGGGCAAAGGACCUUUUUGGGAAGUCUGUCAGGGUCUGUAAAGGCCCCCGAGCAGUAUUCUCUCGAGUUCUACUAUUGUUCUCACUGACUGAUUCAAUGGAGGAUGAAGAAGCAGGUAGUGGUGGCCAAGGCCAGCUUUCCACUGUGCUUAUGGUAAAGAUGGGUCGUACAGUGUUUCCUAGUUAUACAGUAAAUAGGAAAACUUCAAUCUUCCAGGACAGAGAAGAUCUCCUCAGAUAUGCAACAGCUGCUCACUUGUCAAAUGAUGUAGCUGUUGCAAUGGCUAAUGGGAACUGGACAGAAGCUAAAUGUCUCUAUAUGUGUGCAAAAGGAACCUGGCAUGAAUUGAAAAAUCAUCCUUCUUUGAGAUGUCACAGAGACUUACCUGAGUUUCUGCGACAUUUUACAGUUGGGUGGAUGUAUACAAGGAUCCUCUCUCGAGGGGUUGAAAUACUGCAGAGACUUCACAUGUAUGAGGAGGCUGUGGAAGAGCUGCAGAAUCUUUUGUCUCAGGAAGUGUAUUGUACUGACAGCAGAGGACGAUGGUGGGAUCGACUGACUCUGAAUUUACACCAGCAUUUAAAACGCACUGAGCAGGCUAUUGAGUGCAUUAGAAAAGGGCUGUCGGAUCCAUUUGUGCGCACAGGCCAUCGGCUCGCGCUCUACCAGCGUGCCCUGCGACUGAGAGAUUCACCAAGCUGCAAGAAGUUCAGGAGGCUCUUUCAGGAGCUGCCUGCCAUAACUGUGGAAGAAGUUACACAUGUUACAAUCAAAGGAAAGAUGUGUCCCCAGACAGGAGUGGGAAAAUCUGUGUUUCUAGUGGAGCAUGUUGAUGAUCAAGAGGAAGGAGAAGACGUCGCUCUGUCCACAGUCAUGUGUUCAGUCGAGGAGCUGGCAUUAACACAUUACAGACAGAAUGGCUUUGAUCAGGGGAUUCAUGGAGAAGGGUCCACGUUUAGUACACUCUAUAGCCUUCUAAUGUGGGAUAUCAUUUUCAUGGAUGGCAUACCAGAUGUCUUCAGAAAUUCUUACCAGGCAUUCCCCCUCGACUUGUAUACUGACAGCUUCUACGAGAACAGGAGGGACACCAUUGAGUCCAGACUCCAGCUGCUGCACGCUUCUUCCUCAGAGACCCUCAAAGAGAUGAUUGCUAAUGUCUGGAAUGCUCAAGAGGGAAAAGCAGCAGCACUAGUUAGCUGGGAGCGGUUUACUUCUCUUCAGCAGGCGCAGAGUCUAGUAGCUUGCUUCGGGGGACCUUUUCUGAGUGGUGUAUGUAGGCGGCUUUCCAAAGAUCUGCGCCAUUGCAGAGGGGGUCUUCCUGAUCUAGUCGUGUGGAGUACUCAAGAGCACAACUUCAAGCUGGUGGAAGUUAAGGGUCCCAAUGAUCGCCUCUCCCACAAACAGAUAAUUUGGCUGAGUGAACUGAAGAAGUUGGGAGCUGCUGUAGAAGUUUGCCAUGUGGAUGCAAUUGGAGCUAAGUGUAAACGCCUCAGUUGAAGAAAAUGAUCUUGGACAUAUUGGCUGGAAAGGAAGAAAAACUAGAUUUAAAAAAAUAAAUAGUAUGAAUAUUUGCUAA